CUUCGGUAAGAUAGUUCAAAAGUCGGUAAGGUACUAGUUCGAAGCUAUAUAAAACGAUAUCCUCUUUUUGUUUCUCGAAUUGUUUCGUUGUUUCACUCGUAACAAAGCAUUCCUUCAAGACCAACCUCGAAGUGUCUCUCUACCCAUAUCCACAACCAUGAUGUACUCACCUGCACUCCUUUUGAGCAGCCUUGUCGGCGCUGUCUCUGCUGCUUCUUCUCUUCAGGUAGUUACAGUAGGAAAGAGCGGAUCACUGAGUUACUCGCCCGACCAACUCACGGCCAACGUCGGCGACAAGAUUGAGUUCCAGUUCUUUGGUCCUACACACUCGGUCGUUCAAGCAUCCUUUGACGAGCCUUGCACCGCAUUCAACGGCGGAACCGGCUUCUUUGCUGGCAUGUCAACCAAUGGCAAUGGCCCCAAUCCCAACUCCUUCACCAUCACCAUCAACGACACGAAGCCCGUCUGGUUCUACUGCGGAUUCCCGGGCCAUUGCCAGGCUGGCAUGGUUGGAGUAAUCAACGUUUCUUCCAACAAGUCGGAGACGCUCGACAUCUUCAGGUCCAACGCCGCCAACGCCGCGAAGAGCACAACCCCCAAGCAGCAGCAAGGAGGCGUCAUUGGUGCUUUCGUGAACCCCUCCAGCGCCACCAGCGGCUCGACUGCCUCGACUGCGGGCUCGACGGGUGGAGGCUCGGCUGCCACUCAGACAAGCUCCGGCGCGGCGCCUUCGCACACGGGCAACGAUGCCGGUCAAUUGAGGGGUGAAUUUGCUCUUCUCGGAGGUUUGGCUGUUGCUGCUGCUGCGAUGCUUGUGUAAUGGGAUGCAGUUUGACUCUUUUGGAAGGAAGAGGGUAAUGGGAGUUGUGUAAGUCGAUCACUGAAGAGUGAAAUACCUAGUGAAUUACAUAGAUGUAUUACCUUGUUUACCUGGGUAAAAAUAGAUAGUAC